CCCCGCGGAGUGGGGGCAGAGGAAGCUAACAACGACCACGCUGGGCUGGGACUGGCUGAACACUUGCAUGCAGUUUCUGAAGUCAGCAAAACAGAAAUCAAAUUACUACCAUAUUAUGCGGGUGGAAGCUCAAGGAGAAGGGACUUUACAUCAGCCUAAUUACUGUGAGAGAUGGAACGAGACAGAACAGCAAAGUGUGUCUGACGUGUGGCUGCUGAAGACCAAUGAUCACAUUUUUCUUCCCUGAAUACUCAAAACUCUGCAACCUCUAUGCUAGAAGUUCAUUUGGCUUUUUUGACCUUACUUUGGAGAAAACAAUGAAAUCAAACAGUGGACUCUACUAAAAUUGCAAAUCAAGAAAUACAAAGAGCCUUUGCACUUCAUUAAUGACUAUUGUAAUAAUGGGAGGAAAAAAGCCAACCCGAGGACCCCCGCAGGGACACCAGUUUCGAUGUGAUAGUGUGGAGACAUAAAGAUGGGUGGCAAGCAGAGCCUGUAAGUCAGUAGUUUUUCUACACUUCAACUGCUACAAGUUCCGACUUAGAAAUGGAUAUUCUUUGUGAAGAAAACACUUCUUUGAGUUCAAUGACAAACUACUUAAUGCAAUUAAAUGACAACAGGAGGCUCUACAAUGACUUGAAUGCUGGAGAAGCUAACACUUCGGAUGCAUUUAACUGGACAGUGGACUCGGAAAAUCGAACAAACCUUUCCUGUGAGGGUUGCCACUCACCACCAUGCUUCUCCUUACUUCAUCUCCAGGAAAAAAACUGGUCUGCUUUGUUGACAGCUGUAGUGAUUAUUCUAACCAUUGCCGGAAACAUACUCGUCAUCAUGGCAGUGUCCCUAGAGAAAAAGCUGCAGAACGCCACCAACUAUUUCCUGAUGUCACUUGCCAUAGCUGAUAUGCUGCUGGGUUUCCUUGUCAUGCCUGUGUCCAUGUUAACCAUCCUAUAUGGAUACCGGUGGCCUCUGCCCAGCAAGCUCUGUGCCGUCUGGAUCUACCUGGACGUGCUCUUCUCCACAGCCUCCAUCAUGCACCUCUGUGCCAUCUCCCUGGACCGCUACGUGGCCAUCCAGAACCCCAUCCAUCACAGCCGAUUCAACUCCAGAACUAAGGCAUUUCUGAAAAUAAUUGCUGUCUGGACCAUAUCAGUAGGUAUAUCCAUGCCAAUCCCAGUCUUUGGGCUACAGGAUGAUUCCAAGGUCUUUAAGGAGGGAAGUUGCUUACUCGCUGAUGAUAACUUUGUCCUGAUCGGCUCUUUCGUGUCAUUUUUCAUUCCCUUAACCAUCAUGGUGAUCACCUACUUUCUAACCAUCAAGUCACUCCAGAAAGAAGCGACCCUGUGCGUGAGUGAUCUUGGCAACCGGGCCAAAUUAUCUUCUUUCAGCUUCCUCCCUCAGAGCUCCCUGUCUUCAGAAAAGCUCUUCCAGCGGUCGAUCCACAAGGAGCCUGGGUCCUACGGCCGAAGGACUAUGCAGUCCAUCAGCAACGAGCAAAAAGCCUGCAAGGUGCUGGGCAUCGUCUUCUUUCUGUUCGUGGUGAUGUGGUGCCCCUUCUUCAUCACGAACAUAAUGGCUGUCAUCUGCAAAGAGUCCUGCAAUGAGGACGUCAUCGGAGCCCUGCUCAACGUGUUCGUUUGGAUCGGCUAUCUCUCCUCAGCGGUCAACCCACUGGUGUACACACUGUUCAACAAGACCUACAGGUCUGCUUUUUCACGCUAUAUUCACUGUCAAUACAAGGAAAAUAAAAAGCCACUGCAGUUAAUUUUAGUGAACACUAUACCGGCCUUGGCCUACAAGUCCAGUCAACUCCAAGCAGGACAAAAAAGGAAUUCAAAGAAUGACGCCCAGACAACAGACAACAACUGUACUAUGGUUACUCUAGGAAAACAGCAACAUUCAGAACAUGCAGAAGAUGUUCCUACAGACCGUGUCAGCACAGUGAAUGAGAAGGUUAGCUGUGUGUGAUAGACUAGUUGCCAUGGCAACUGUAAAGGGCACAUUGAGCAAGUUUUCACCUAUCUGAAAAGAAAAAGAAAUAGGGAGGCCAAAAUAAAUUAAGUCAGUCUAGCGAAGCCAACAAUAAUAUGCAUAUGCCUCAUUUUAUCUGUCAAUGAAAAGCAGGGUUUAAUGCCACAAAAUGUGCACUUCAAAAAUGUUCUGACAGCAUUUCAGCUGUGAGCUUUAUGAUACUUAUUUUUAACAAUGUAAAUGAUAUGUCUUUAAAAUAAGUAGCUUUUAUCAUAUACAUAUAAGGAGGCCAUACAUAAAUCUCAAUUAACUUCUAUUUUCAAGUGGAAACCUUGCUACAAUAUUGUUCAUUGAUGGCAUGCGUUGGUUACGUAUUGCUGUAAAUAGCUAUAAACAGUGAAAAAUUGGUUGAAUAUAAUGGCUUCCUAAAUAAAGAAAAACUCUCUCUAAAACUUACCGCCAUACAUAUUCUGAAAAGCAAAAAAAGAAAUAAAAGCACUAAGAACAGUGAGAUGAACCCUAGAUUGCUAAGAUAAUUAAAUACUUGACAACUUUUCAUUCCUGCUUUUUCAUAAAUGCAUUUCAAAAUAUACAAAAAAUUGCCAGCAUUUGCUGCAUUUCAAGCUCAUUAUUCUCAGACGUGAAAAAGAUUUUAAAUGUUAGUUAAUAACUAUUGCUGCUUUUUCUUCCACUAUGUGUGUUUUAUUCUCAAUUUCCAAUAUGGUGUUGUUUAGCAUUUGUUCUACAAGGUGAACUAUCAAAAGGGUAAUUUAAUAUUACCAAAACAUUGCUAGAAAUUGCUUCUCCUAAACAGCACCACGGUUUCUUGCUCUUAAUGACUGCAUCGUGCAUGUGAUCCUCUGAGCCAUAAGCUGUAUUGAUGUAACCAUGUCAGGGUUGAGGAAUAAACUCAGGUUUCUGGCUACUCAGAGCAGAAGAGUCUGCAGUGCAGGUGACUUUCCUCCUGGCAUCCAUCAAUAUAAGUUGAUGCUUCGGAUCAAUCUAUCUUACUUACUAAAACAGUUCAACUUCGUUUACUAUAUGUGAAUUAAUUUUCUCGUAUUAGAGAUAUAAAAGUAAUUUAAACAAGAUCUUUGCCUUUAAAGAAAAUGACCUAGUUGAAACGGUCCUUGUAGAAAACAUUACCAGACAUUUCAAAAAUCAGUUAAACUGAUUCCCUUCUUAAAUGGUUGAGAAACAGAUUUGUAUAAUUAAAGGUAGUUGUCUUAAUAAGUUUCUUGAUGGGUCACCAGUGAAUACCAGCUAAAAAGUGGGGGGAUACUAGUGGAAGUAAAAAUUUGCAAGUAACAAAAAUAUGUAUUUCAAAGGAGACCAGCUUACACAAAGUUUUCAGCAAAUUUUUUAUUCCACUUACCUGAAAACUAAUUCACUGACACUGAGCACCCUUUAAAAAAGCAGUAAGGUAAUAUUUGUUGCAAAGUUUGCUACAGAGUAAAGGAGAUUAACAGCAGCAAUGUGCUUUGAUGUUCUGUUAUUUUCAGUUAAAUUGCAUUCUUAUUGAGAAAGCUGUUAAGAUGCGUGAUUACAAUACUGAAGCAUUUCUAUUGAAUGGGGAAUAAUUUCUUGCCCCCAGUAUUUCGAAAUGGUGACAGAUUCGAAAACUGAAGAAUGUGGGAUGCGCCAUUAUGUAAUUUAGAAAUCACGUACUUACAGGAACGGUGUUAGUUCAAAGCUAGAAUUUUUAGUAAGCCACUGGUAUCAAGACUGCAUUUGAACUGAAUACUCUUCCAUGAUUACACCACAUUGACUGAUUAAAAACACCGUGUUAAAAAGUCUCUGCUAUAAUGCAUUUGCCUUAGUUUAUAACUGUGCAUCUCAUUACAUAUUAGAGAAAAAUGACAGACUCUACCCCAUAUACUCCAUUUUGAUCAGAAUGAACAUAAAUACUGCCUGACAGAUGUCUUUCAACUAUGUAUAUUACAAAUGUGUGCUUUUUUCUCUUCAUAAGUAUCUAUUCAAGUGUAUAUAGACAAGUGUAUCUGUACACAUACAUAGACAUGUUCUCAUGCACUUUAUUUGAUAUUUAUAUAUUUAUAUGGAGGAAAAGUAAGAGUCAUUAAUGGAAACACGCAAUAUAUACACAUAUGUGCAUGUUUGUAUCAUGUCGAUUUAAAUGUGAAUUCAUGUUCUAAUGUUUCUAUGACUUUAUUGCUAUCAAAGCAGAUUAAAAUGUAACAUAAGUAUCAACUCUUUAAAUAAACUGGAAGUUUAUCUAAUUUUGCAGGAAGAUUUCACACAAUUGUAUGAGAGUAAAUAAAACAAUUUUCUUCGUAUAUAAUAGAUUGAUAUUAAAUAAAAUGGUACCUUUGGCCCUUGUGUUUAAUCUGAGGCUACUACAACUUUUAAAAUAGAACCUUUAUCCCAGUGAAGCACAGUUCUUGAAUGAUUUAAGGGUCUGUGAUUAAAGGACUCGCUCUUAGUCAAUACUAUUAAGAUAAAGUAAACUUACUCUAAGUUGAAUGGUUGAUCCUCUGUAAAGAAAGGAAUUAAAUGCCAUAGGGAAAACUCAGCUUAAAGCAUACCUAAUCCACUUGGCCACAGCGCCACCUCAUGGUUAUGUUUUAAAAGUUCUACGGUAGCCAAAUUGAACUAAGUUACAGUACUGCUUUUGGCAAAGGGUGCUUCUCUCAUUUGUGCAUCAAUGAACAUUUGUAAAGUGUUAAAUUAUCCUGUGCCAUAUGUAACAAAUACAGUGAAUAUUAUUUUAUGCAAUGAUUUUAAUCAAUGUGAUUCUAAAAGAUUUCAAGACAGAAUGAACAAUUGUAAAUAAAGUACACUCAAAAAUAAGUGCUAUUUUGUGAGUUGAUAGCUGU